UCUUUCCAGGCAGUGAUGGCCGGGACGCGGCGCUGAGCGGACCGAGAGAGAAAGAGAGAGAGAGAGUGAGAGAGUGAGUGAGUGAGUGCGUGCGGGGGCAGACCUCUCCACGCAACAAGUCGCACUCCAGCCCUCACCAAGAGUGCCUCUCUGCCCUCCUUGACUCACACUCCUGGAAUGCCAAACACACUGACUCAUGCCGCUGGACUGAGAAUUAUGGAUUAUAGAUAGACGAGGAUAAAUCAUUUUAAUAGAGCGAGCGUGUGUGUGUGUGGAAGUGUGAUGUUGAUUGACGGUAGGUGUGACAGGCGCCCCUCAGAGUGACCCCCCACUCAUCGUCCAAUCAUAAGAGUGCGAUCCACUCAAGGUGAUGAACAGCUUGGAGUACCCAUGAGCAAGGAGGUGUGCCACUCGCUGGUGCUGUGUAGGAAGUAGUGCCACUCUCGCCGGAUGGAAACGACGGCACUCUGGAGGUAUUGAAGGCACUGGAAGUGACGUAACACCGCCCUACCACUUGUGAUAUUAGUUAACUGUUACCGGCAGUGACCUGAAUGGGGGAGGUGGAGUGAUACGUGUAUACUGUGAUACGUGUUCGCGCUGGAACACCCGCGAGUUAAGUGACAGCUUGAGUAGGGGGGGGGGAGACAUGAAGCUGCUGCUCAACCCAGUGAUUGUUGACAGAAAGUUUUGAGCAGUGUGAGGACGCGACGGUUCAGCGUCAGCAAGCUCAGAGUAGUGUGAGGACGCGACGGUUCUGCGUCAGCAAGCUCAGAGUAGUGUGAGGACGCGACGGUUCUGCGUCAGGAAGCUCAGAGCAGUGUGAGGACGCGACAAUUCUGUGCCAGGAGGCUCAGAGUAGUGUGAGGACGCCUCGAUGCCGUGACUGGGGAGCCCGGGAAACAUCGCGUUACGCGACCUUUCGAAAUUUGUCAAAUUUUCUUGUAUAACUUGAGAGAUGAUGACAUCACCAGACGGGCCGGAAUGUUAGAUCUGUCCCGAGUGUCAAGGUGCCUAGCAUGUCAGGGCAAAGCUCCCGUGUGGCACUAGUCACACUGACUGUGUCGAGGCCUCGUGGUGUGACUCUGUGCGAAGACUGGACAGCUGAACAGUCAAAAUAACUAUUGAAUAGGGCAAAGUGGAGUGGAAUCAAAUUCGCUAAAAUGACGGAGGCAAUGACGCUAAUGUUGACAGCGUUGGUGAUGGCCACGAGCAGGACUUUGGCACAGGCCUCGUCCCUCUACACCGUGGCACCCACUAGUGCCAGCGAGACUCAGGCUAAUGCCACCUUCAAGGCAGCGUCUCCGUGGUGCCACUGGAGGGCGCCGGAGGUCUUAGAGUGCCGCGUCCGAAUUCUGGACGACACUUUCGGGCCCCAGGUGCUCAAGGGUCAGUGGGAGAGUGCCACCCGGGACAUGGAAGAGGAGGUGGUGCCAGGGGACGAGCGGCUGUGGCACGGCACUGGUGACCCUCGACACAUCCGCGUCCUGAUGGUGGAGUGUAACCAGGCACUCUACUUCCAGAGUCACCUUGCACCUCGUACCUUCCAGGGUCUGGAAGGCGUGGAGGAGCUGAGCGUGCGGCGGUGCAAGCUGGAUAGCCUGGUCCCCGGGUCGCUGGAAGGCCUGAGCCGCUUGCGGCAGCUGGAAGUCACUACCCACAACGGAGAGUGGGCGGCGCUGGCUAUGGAGGUGGUGGAAGGGUCGCUGCCGCUGCCUCUAGAACGGGUUUCCCUCACCCAUAACAACAUCUGGACGCUGCCGCCCAGAGCCUUCUGCGGCCCCGCUGCCCUCCACCACCUCGACCUCUCCCACAACCGCCUUCAAGACGUGUUGGAGCUCGGCUUCGCCGACCACCUGCUUCUCGAUGCUCUCGCUCUCAACACGUCAAAUACGAGUUAUAGUGAUCACUUUUCAGGGUUUAUUGAUGCCAAUGAGGAAGUGGCAGCAGAAGACAGGUGUGGACACGCCCUCCAGGAGCUCGUCCUUGACCACAACGAUCUUGUGCGGCUUCCUACCCGCAGCUUCCUAGCCCUCGGCGGGCUCACAGAGCUUUACCUUCGUAAUAAUGAUAUCCGGCUUAUAGCCAGUGAAGCCUUCAGAGGAAUGGCAGCCUUACAAGUGCUCUAUUUAUCUAAUAAUCAUAUUAUCGCACUACAGAACGGCACUUUCUUUGAAAACGUAGCCUUAGAGAGGAUUUACCUCAACAACAACUCACUCAGUGCAAUGAAUCCGGAUGUGUUCCAGGGUCUGCAUCAGCUGCAGGUGCUAGACUUGUCGCAUAAUAAACUGUAUUUAGACAGCAGUCAUGAAGACAUCUUCAAGGGUCUUCGGCGACUGGUCAUCCUCGACCUGUCCUACAACGCUCUGUCAACUGUCCCCCAGCUCCUCCUCCGUGACCUGACCUCGCUUCAACGCCUCGACCUCUCCCACAAUGACAUCCAGAGCCUGGAGGACGACAGCUUUACCUCACUCUCCAACCUCUACGCUCUUGACCUCUCUCACAACCUCAUCCUCAGCCUGAGCGAGGGCAGUCUGAGAGGACUGGUGGGGCUGAGUCUUCUACACUUGAGCAACAAUUCUCUUAUAGAAAUCCACCCUCAAGCUCUCCGUCACAGCUCCAACCUGAAGGAGGUGUUCCUUGGAAGCAACCACUUGCAAGCCAUUCCAACGGCUUUAGAAAAUCUUUCCUUCCUAAAGGCUUUGGACAUGAGUAUGAACGAAAUCGUUAGCACGCACCCAUUUCUUUUUGGUGGGCUGGGGAACCUGGAAGUUCUGAACAUAAGCCAAAAUAAGAUGAAUGGCAUUUCUCAGGGAUCAUUUGCCGGACUCGCAUCUCUGGAGGUAUUAGACUUGAGGGAUAAUCAGUUAAGGACAGUAAGUGAAGGGUCGUUCGACGGGGUGCCCAGUGUCAGGCACCUGACACUCUCCAGGAACGAACUGAGCGACAUCAAUGGCGUGUUCGCAGGCUUGGAGCACCUGGAGACUCUUGAUGUAUCCGAGAACAAUAUCCACAUGUUCGACUAUGCGUUCAUACCCAGGCAGCUCAUCUGGUUAGAUUUAAAAAAGAACAAGAUAGAACAGCUCGGUAAUUUUUUCAAGGUUCAGAGUGUUUUGACGUUAGAGGCUCUUGAUGCUAGCUACAACUCUAUCAGACGGCUUGGUGAAGUCUCCCUCCCUAACACUAUCAGGAAGGUUAUUUUGCAUCACAACAACAUCAGCCGAGUUCUUCCCAAUACAUUCCGGGACAAAAUUUAUCUUCAGGACAUUGAUCUUCGGAUGAACGCCAUUCAGAGGCUGAAUCCCAAAUCGAUCAGUGUCCGCGGGACAGUCGACAAUCACAUCAGUGCGCGGGUUUCCCUGGCAGGCAACCCACUUGUGUGUGACUGUGAGAUGGAGUGGCUGUAUGGGUCCUCAGGGAUGUCCAUCACAACCCCAGAGGCUACAGAGGUCACUUAUCUCCAACCUCGUGUUGACGACCUCAUUCAGGUGACUUGCGUCCUCACUCACUCCCGUGGUGGCGUACCAGUCACCACUCGUAUCUUGGACACAUCUCCCGAGAAUUACCUCUGCCCCUAUGCCACUCAUUGCUUUGCCCUCUGUCACUGCUGUGACUUUAUUGCAUGUGACUGCCAAAUGAAGUGCCCAGAUGCUUGCUCUUGCUUCCACGAUGAUACUUGGUCCAUGAAUUUGGUGGACUGCUCUGGGGGGCACCUGGACCGUCUACCCGACAGGGUGCCCAUGGAUGCCACGGUGGUCCUCCUCGAUGGCAACAAUCUCCAAGUCCUUCAUGCACAUCACUUCAUCGGGCGCCACAGCAUCCAGCAACUCUUUCUCAAUAAUUCCCAAAUUCAAACACUUCAGAACCGAACUUUCCACGGGUUGACUUCACUGCGCACUUUACAUCUCCAGGACAACAUGAUCGUUCAGUUGAACGGCUUCGAGUUCUUUGGCCUCCAUAGACUUAAGGAACUUUACCUCCAGAAUAAUCGCCUCUCGUUUGUCAACAAUGCAACAUUCCUAAGUCUUAAGAGUCUGGAGGUCCUAAGACUAGACAAUAACUUCAUCAUAGACUUCCCAGUGUGGCUGCUAAGCAACAACUAUUACUUGGCCACUGUGUCUCUGGCCAACAAUCCGUGGGACUGUGACUGUCAAUUUGUGGAAUCAUUGAGGGAAUGGGAGACCCUGCAGCCACAUCUCUUGCUCAACCCUGAGGAGAUAUUCUGUGUGGACAGUGACUCCGGUGCAGUGGGUCCCAGCAUAAUCCUCCCAGAAUACUCCUGCACCAAGGGCCAGCAAGGGGUCACACAGUACCAGUUUGGACAGCGGCAGUUGCCUUUUCUGGCUGGGGGUCUGUGCGGUGGAGUGGCUCUCAUCAGUGCCCUGGUUAUGGUGGCCAUGCUAGUGGCCCGCAGGAGGGCUGCUGCUGCCAACAAACUGGGCAUGAACAACCCUCUGCCCUACUGCCAAGAGGAAGAUGGCAAAGUAUUUGAUGCCUACAUCAGCUACAGCGCCAAUGACGCUAACUUCGUGCGUGAUGUUAUUGCAACCAAGCUGGAGAACAGUUGUCCCAGCUACAAGUUGUGUUUACACUCCCGAGAUUUCAGCGAGAACAGCCACCUAUCAGAGUUCGUAACGCAGUCGCUCAAUUUCAGCAGAAGGACCAUCAUUGUCCUCUCCAAGAACUACGUUGACAGCGAGUGGAAAAACGCCAUUUUUAAGAAAGCUCAUGUUGAUGGCCUGAAGGAAAAUGACAUGAACAUUAUAGCCAUAUAUUAUGAUAAUGUAUCCUACUCUUCUUUUGAUGCCGAUUUAAAAGCAGUUAUAAGAAAAUGUUCAAAGCUGCGAUGGGGAGACAAAAACUUUUGGAAGAAGCUCUUGGAGUUAAUGCCACAGAGGCAGACAUACACAGGCCUGCCUGUCUAUGUGUCUGACAACUCAUACAAAUCGUCGACGCUGCCGUCCCUGGUACCCCCGUCGUCGCUGCCUCUCCCCUCCUCUUCCUCCGUCCUCACCUCCACCACGGGCCUCACCACGCCCUCGGAGAUCGACCGUCGAGCCUCCUAUCUACCGGAGGCCCCUGCGACGUACAAGGCGCCCCCGCCACCUAGACCUUGCUAUUCCCCUGCCCCUUGUGACUACAUUGUGAUGCAGGGGCGGGACUGCCAGGACCCACACUGCACCUGUCGCCGCCACUCCCACACUGCUUACACCUAUGCCGAUGGCGACAACUCCUCCCUACACACAUACACUUCGCUCGAGCCAUUUACCAGUCCCCAUCAUGCACCCUCCCACUUCUCACGCCCCGCGUCCCCUAACAACAAUCACUACACCGUUAUAGAUGCCCCAAUCAGGGGAACUGUGCGUACUAGUAAACGUAAAAAAAAGCGGCCUCUCAGUCAAACAUGUCCACCAACCACAAGAGAAGAGGUUUUCGAUAAUUCAGGGAUCCUACAAGACCCGGAUGGCAACCUGCCUCAAACUGACACAUUCCGACGCACCAAGAGCUUGCGGGUGACACAGCCGGCGGGAGAAAGGCAUAGUGACUAUUCUACAGACCAUUCCAGUGAUCGUUCCAGUGGCAGGUCUUUUGACCAUUCCGUGAAUUCUACAGGUGGAGUCACUGGGGAAGAGCAGGAACCCAAGAGUACAUUGUAUACAGGCCUGGUAGACUCUCCGCCAGACCCAGCGCUCACAGCCCAGGAAUGUUUCGUCUAGUCCAUCUCUGCAGGAAUAAUGAUCGUUGCUCUAACACGAAGAGCAAUGACAUGUAUUCCAGGAAGAUGUUUUGCUAGGAUGUGAUAGAUAAUGGUAGUGUCAUAACCAGCGCUUGCUACCUGCAUUAGGAGGCACAGAAAUGGUACCUGCAUUUUUCCAAGCACCUCUUGAAGGUUCCACAGCAACUUCUGAAAGGACCUCCAGCACUUUCUGUAGAUCCUCCAGCGCCUCCUACAGGUCGUCUUGCGCCUCGUGCAGAUUCCUCAGCACCUCCAUGAGAGGGAAGAGUCUCGCUGACAUUAUCACAGAGUACUAACCGUCCCGUUGGUUGUAAGUCGCCAGUGAUUGAAUAAAGUGUAUUUCAUAAUCUCAGAUCAUUUUGUUUGUUUUAUAUAUCUUGGAGAAUAUGUAUUUCAGUAUUACACGAGGAAGGAGGAUGAAAGCCGAGGUGACAGUGUCAACUAAUGUCUCUGACACGGUCGUUGAAUUUUGUUUUACACACAUGCACAUACACACACACACAUACACGCACGACACACAAUAACAACAGCUGCAUAUGGCACACUUACCAACAUCUGCGUAUCCUUCAGAAACUUGGACAAAGAAGCUUUCUAGGCCGUAUAUAUACAGCAAAGAUGAGACCUCUCUCUUGAUUAUGCAUCCCCAGCAUGGAACCCUUACCUGUAAAAGGACACGGAGAAACUAGAAAAGGUCCAAAGAUGUGCAACGCGACUCGUGCCGGAACAAGGAUUGAGGUAUGAGGAAAGAAUGAGAAAACUUGACUUUACCACACUGAAGAAAAGGAGAGAUAGGGGCACAUGAUAACAACAUUUAAGAUCCUAAUGGAAAUUGACAAAUUAGACAAAGUAGGCUAGUUCAAAGUAGUUCAAAGCUAGGAACAAGAGAACGAGGAGCCAUAGACGGAACACUGGAGACGCAAAUUAGUCACAACAGGAAGAACUUUUUUAGUGUUAGUACUGUCAAUAAAUGGAAUAGGUUAGCUGCAGAAGUUGUUGAAGCAAAUUUAAUUCAAAAAUUUUAAAUGUAAAUAUGACAAAAGUGUUAGAAAUUAGUCAUUGUUUUAAUCUAAGAACGUUUGGAAGGAAGGGCUGGGAGCCUAACUCAACUCUGCAAGCGCGUCUAGGUGACUACACACACACACACACACACACACACACACACACACACACACACACACACACACACACAACAGCUGAAAGCUUGAUCCUGCAGGCACAAAUAGGAAAUAGAUACACAUUAGAGCUGCUUACUGGGAAAGUUUCCCCCCUCUUUAAAACCUUCUUUCUCUCUCUCCUCUCUCUCUCUCUCUCCCCCCUAAUUAAGAUCCCCCAUCCUUUCAUCCCCCCCCAGUAGCUUCCAGAGUUUUGUGACAACACACCAUCCCCACAGUUGAUUGACAGUUGAUAGGCGGGACCAAAGAGCCAAAGCUCAACCCCCACAAGCACAAUUAGGUGAGUACUCCCUCACCUCUCCACCCCUACUCUCUCACCUCUCCCUCACCUCACCACCCACAGCCUCACCUCUCCCCCUCCUCUCCCACGGCAGCUGUCACAAGAGCCGGGAAACUAUCGCCACAUUGUCGGCCCCGAAACAGCAGCGCUAACCAACAGACAUUCAUAUUCACGGAGUGAGAUCAGGAGCCCCAGAAGGGGACAUUUUUUGUUUCAUUUUUUUUUUUUAAACCAGGACUGUCACCACCUUGCGGCCAGGAUGGUCCCCUCGGGCACACACACACCUUCCUACCCCCCCUUUCACACCCCCUACCCACACCCCUCCCCCCCCUCCCACCCUCACCUUCCCCCAACCCCCUACCCUCAACCACAGUCACGUCAGCCGGACCCGACACAGUUGUCAAGAACACUGUUUGGGAUGCCUAACUGUUUCUCAUUUCUAACUCUGGAAUUUUUUACAUUUUUGGGGGGGAUUUAUGUUAUUUUUUUCCCCUACUCUAUUGGAUUCGUGGCUGGUUUCUUUUUGGAGUGUUAAGCGUUUUGAAUUCCUGUCUGUUUCUGGAUUCUUGGCUGUUUUGAAUUCGUAUAAAGAAGGAAAAAAAAGCACAGAUAGAAAGAAAGUAUCCUUCACAAGACUUCAAUCAAUAUCCAGUACACGAAUGAACAUAAUUUGUGCAUUGUUCGCCGACCGCUUAAGGGCAGUAACAGCCGCUACUCUGAGCCAGAAUAGCGUCAGUCUCGCUAAUACUUAUGCUGCCCCACUCCGCCAUGUUGAAAUUUGAAUGAUUCUUGCUAUAAACAACGUCGCGGUCGAUUGAUACCACGGUCACAUGUACCUGUGGAAGAGUGACCUCAGCUGAUUGUAUUGGUGAGGGGGAAUGGGGACGGGCUGGUGAGGGGAGGGGAUGGGGGAAAGGGGAGGUGCCAGUGAGGGAGGGGAAGGGGAGGUAGAGUACCUCAUAUAUACCGCGGUUUAGACUAUUCUGUAACCUCGCUGUAUCGAUUUCGUAUCUCACCACUCAUGAAAAUCCCCGUGUCCCGAGGUUCCUGCUAUGGCAUGCUGGCCCUCUGUGGCCAGCAUGGCCUCUGUGGCCCGCUAUCCUGUUAUAUAUCAUUCUGUACUCAUCUAGUAGUGCUUGCCUGGGUUGAGCUUCGGCUCUUUGGUCUCCCCCACUCUCAACUGUCAAUCAACUGGUGUACAGGUUUCUGAGCCUAAUUGGGCUGUAUCAUAUCUACAUUUGAGACUGUGUAGGGAGUCAGCCUCCACCACAUCACUGCUUAGUUCAUUACAUUUGUUAACUAUCCUGACACUGAAAAAGUUCUUUUCUAAAUGUCUCUGUGGCUCAUUUGGGUACUAAGUUUCCAUCUGUGUCCCCCUUGUUCCCGUACCAUUCGUGCUAAAUUGUUUAACAUCUGUGGCCUAUUCUCCUUUUAUCUAUCCCCCUGGGGCCUGUUGCCCUGUGUUAUCUAUCACUGUGAUUCGUGUCUAUCGAUACAUGCCGUCCUUAUCACUGCCUUUCUUCUACGUUGUGCAAAAAAACAACCAAACACCUCUCUUGUAAUUUCAUUGUCUGUGUUAACUCCUGGACUGAGAAUCAUCGCUACGUGUUUUUUUAUUUUGUUUUACUUGUAUCUACUUCAUCUUUUGGUACUGUUUCCUGUAUGCACAUUUACCAAUUCUUAUCCUGUACUAUCUUGCUGUAUCUAAUGAUUUUACUUUCAACCGUCAGUAGCCCACUUUAUGUAUUUCUGUAAAGAUUUGUACCGUAUUUCAUUGUUUUGUAUAACAAAGUGUCUCUAUGUCUGUCUGUCUGUCUGUCUCUCUCUCUCUCUCUCUCUCUCUCUCUCUCUCUCUCUCUCUCUCUCUCUCUCUCUCUCUCUCUCUCUCUCUCUCUCUCUCUCUCUCUCUCUCUUUCUCUCUCUCUAUCUCCCUCUCUCUCAGCCGCAUUUCCAGCAGACAAGUAAUACGCUAACGUUAAGAUUUGAUAAUACUUAUUUUUUCUCACGUACUUCCGUGUACCCCAUGUACUCCUCUGUACCCAGGGAAGAGUACAUGGGAGGGUACAUGGGAGGGUACAUUGGAGGGUACAUGGGAGGGUACAUGGGAGGGUACAUGGGAGGGUACAUGGGAGGGUACGUGGGACACUCUAUCAGUUGGUUAUUCAGUGUUGCCGUGCAGCCUCACCACACGUACAAUACCAGCAAGAAAAUGCAUAUUCCGUACCCCGAGGGUUUAAUGAAGCCUCGAGGGCAACACACACGCACACACUUCAGAUUUGCUGGCAUCUUCAUCAGUCUGAGCUCCUGUGUGAGUGCCUCUACUCACCUGCAUGAAAGUGGAAGGUGGGGGUCUGCCACUAGCCUCCCCAGAGAGAGCCGGAGGAGAGCGUCGGGGGGGUUAGCACCCACCCUCCCUGGGGGUUCCUCGGGGAGGGAGAUGGAGAAUGGAAAUCAGCAGGGCAGUGGGAUGUCCUUUUUCACUCUCAUUUCCCAGCAAUUGUCCUCGUGGGGGAAGGGGGUUAUGGGGUAGGGGGGGGGGGGGGUACAUCUUGUCGUCUGUGCCUCAUUCCGUCUCUAUCUUCUUUCGCUUUUUAUUUUCCAUUCUUCCUCGCCUUGUCGUGCCCCUGAUAAGGGUUCUCUGCAGUAGGUCCUCUCCCUGCAUUCUCUCUCUCUCUCUCUCUCUCUCUCUCUCUCUCUCUCUCUCUCUCUCUCUCGUCCCGUUCAUAGCGAGGGUUUUGUUUCAUCUCGUUGUCAACUGGAAUUAAUAUCUUGCGAGACGUUUUCAUCUCGUUCGUUGGCGAGAGCUCCCCCCUCCCCUCCCCCCCCCCAGCCAGCGCUUGCAGUCUUUCUCGAUCUUCGUUGUUUCUUCCGCUUGCUCAAGCGGGCUCUAUUUAUAGAGCCUGGCAUCACAGCAAGAGUCAUGAAUGCUCCGCCGUCUAGUUCGCUCAGUACCGUCGGUAUUCACAGGAGGCUGUUGUCUGCUGUGGGGUGUCUGCUGCGGUUGUCUGCUGUGGGGUGUCUGCUGCGGUUGUCUGCUGUGGGGUGUCUGCUGCGGUUGUCUGCUGCGGGGUGUCUGCUGCGGGGUGUCUGCUGCGGUUGUCUGCUGAGGGGUGCGCGCAUGCGUCCAGGCUGCUCCUCGUUCCUCUCGUUCUCGCGUCUUUUCAGUCACUAGAAGUCUCUUUUUCUUUCUCUUUCUCUCUCCUCGUCUCUCCUCUCCUCUGCUAUCCUCCUAAAGCCCAAGUAUCGAGGAAUUCGGCUCCUAUGAAUCGUCAUAACAGUAAGAUCAUUCAAUCACACUUCUCAUAUAUUAAAUCAGUUUCGGAUCUUACGAAAACCAUCAGUCUUAGAUCAUACGAAGUCAGUUACAUAUCUUAUACUCGUCUUAAACUAUUAUAAAGAGAGAGAGUCUGAUCUGAGUCUCAUGUCUAAAGCAAUCCGGCGUCUUAUCGAAACUUAACAUAUUUUUCUAAAGGUUUCAUAUUUUGAUUAAAACAGCCUGAAAUCCUAUUAAUGCAGACCCACAACUUACAAAAACAGACUCACAUCUUACAAAAACAGUCCCACAACUUAAAAAAAAACAGACCCAUAUCUUACAAAAACAGACCCACAUCUUACAAAAACAGACCCACAACUUACAAAAACAGACCCAUAUCUUACAAAAACAGACCCACAUCUUACAAAAACAGACCCACAACUUACAAAAACAGACCCAUAUCUUACAAAAACAGACCCACAUCUUACAAAAACAGACCCACAACUUACAAAAACAGACCCAUAUCUUACAAAAACAGACCCACAUCUUACAAAAACAGACCCACAACUUACAAAAACAGACCCACAACUUACAAAAACAGACCCAUAUCUUACAAAAACAGUCCCACAUCUUACAAAAACAGUCCCACAACUGACAAAAACAGACCCACGUAUUCAGUAAAACAAACCCACCACAUCCCUAUAUACGAAAGAGUCGCAGACUUAAAAAACAAAAACUUUAACAAAACAGCCGCAGGCGUCAGAGACCGCACUAAACCAUUUUAUAAACCAGUCCAGUAAACCAGUCCCUGUGACACAUCUAGUCAAUGAGCCUCGUGUACUACUGAACGCUAGGUUAGCAACAAAUUACGUUCUGUAUUUUUGGAUACAAAAAAUUAAAAUGAAUAAAACGAA